AUGAGAAUUCCCACAAGAGGAGAUAAGAGCCGCAUUGUCAAGCGCAAGUUUGAGCCAAGAAAAGACUGGACAGAAGCUGUCAAAGAAAAGAUUGUACAGUCCUUCACUUCGAACCAGCCCCUAUGCGGUCCGAUUGCUGAUAAACCCAAGUCACCGCAAAGUGCCGCUCUACAAGAUGCCCUCGAAUGCACCCAGUGCAGAGAUCUACACAUUAUUCCAUAUAUGAUGAAUGUAGACAUUGCUGCAGGCUCGUACAUCACAUCUCAAUACCCACCUUUCUUCGCCAGCAAAAGCGUACCAGAUGAUUCUAUAUCUCCCUUCGACACAGACAUAGUAGCCCACCAAAAUAGGAAUGCGACAUUUUGGGAAAAUAUUACACCUUCCCAACAGCAUCAUUACUACGACAAGAUUGAUACCAUUCUCAAAAAAGCCGAGGCUGAGUCAGGCAAGCCAGCAGAUGAAGCCACCGUUCUUUUUGCCCACUACCAAGUGGAUUUCCACAUCCGCCAACACUACCUCGCCCCCCGAAGUAUCCUGAAUCUAUGCCGCUCAAAGGAUGAUAUUCGGGCGCUGACCUACUGGCAGUGGAAGACCGCCGUCUCAGAUGAGACAGCGUUUGCGGAAUUCCACGACUGGGGUGUGGGAUGGGUGCAUGAGCCGAGCAAUUCUAUCGGCCACCAGAUUGCGGCAUGGCGGAUGGGGGAAGAAAGACGAGAGAAGCACCUCGCAGAAGUGAAAGCCCGGUGGGCCGAGAUCAAGGACGAGAGACAAAAACAGAGGAUGCGGACAAUCAAAAUCUCUUUCAAGGGUGUGCAUGUUAAGACUUACAAGUAUGAGCCAUGCGGACCUUGUCUGACAGAGAAGGAGAUUAUGGAUAUUGCAACGGAAAGGGGUGCACAUUAUGAAGCCUUUUUGAGCAAUAUGGACAUAUGA